UUUAAUGCAUUGGAUGUGAAAUAGCCGUCAAUUGAGUGAAUGUUUAACUCAUUUAAUAUCUAUAUAUUUCAUACAUUUUUAUUAAUCAAUUGGAAUUCAAUUUCUAAUAAUUAUAGUGUUAUUCAACUGAUAAGUCAUUAAAACACGUUUUCAUAUAUUGUUUUCAAUUUAUUAUCACUUAUUUGAAGCACUGAUUGAUAUUAGAGGCAAACAUAUUGUCAUUAAUUGUCGAAACAAAUAAAUGAUGUCUGAAGUGAACAACAUUGAGGUUAUUAGUGACCAAUUGGGUGAUCAAAAGUUAAGUAAAGAAGUUAAUAAUGACGUGAACGGAGACGAAGACAAAGUUGAUCCGUGGAAUGUGUGCUCCAAUUCAGCGACGGGUGUCGACUACGACAAACUGAUCGUACGAUUUGGUUGCAGUAAACUAACGGAUGAUAUUCUCCAAAGAAUGGAAACACUGACAAACCAAAGGGUACAUCACUUCUUGCGAAGAAAGAUAUUCUUCUCUCAUCGCGAUCUUCACGUGAUUUUAAAACGAUAUGAAGAGAAACAGCCAUUCUUUUUGUACACAGGAAGAGGUCCUUCAUCUUCAGCUUUACAUUUGGGACAUUUGAUACCAUUUAUAUUCACUAAAUGGCUUCAGGAGACCUUCAAUGUACCGCUUGUCAUACAAAUGACUGACGACGAGAAAUAUUUAUGGAAAGGAUUGUCUAUCGAUGAGAUCAAGAAAGCGACCAAAGAAAACAUCAAAGACAUCAUUGCAAUGGGUUUUGAUGUCAAUAAAACAUUUAUCUUUUCCGACCUCUCUUUUAUUGGCAAAUGUCCGGCUUUUUAUGAAAACAUAAUUAAAGUUCAGAGGAGUGUAACCUUCAAUCAGGUUAAGGGAAUAUUUGGUUUCGGCGACAGUGACUGUAUCGGCAAAAUUGGAUUUCCGGCCAUUCAGGCCGCGCCUUCAUUUAGCUCAUCGUUUCCUUUUAUUUUUAAAGAAAAGAAGGACAUACCGGUUCUGAUACCGUGUGCUAUAGAUCAGGACCCGUACUUCCGUAUGACUCGAGACGUGGCACCGAAACUGUCGAAACCGAAGCCGGCAUUAAUUCAUUCGACAUUUUUACCUGCACUGACCGGUGCUCAGACCAAAAUGAGUGCCUCUGACCCAAACAACUCGAUUUUCCUCACAGACAGUGCAAACCAAAUCAAAAAUAAAAUCAAUAGAUAUGCUUUUUCUGGAGGCGGUGCCACUAUUGAUGAGCACCGGGCAAAUGGAGGCAACUGUGAUAUUGACAUAGCGUUUCAAUAUCUCAAGUUUUUCCUCGAGGAUGACAAUCGUUUGGAACAAUAUAGAACUGAUUAUAGCAGCGGACAACUAUUGACAGGUGAUCUCAAGAAAGAACUGAUUGGUAUAAUUCAAAAAAUAGUGUCACAACAUCAGGAAAAUCGUAAAAAAGUAACCGACGAAAUGGUCGAUCAGUUUAUGGCUUUAAGAAAUUUAAAUUUUUGAUU